AUGGCCAAGAACAAAGAUGCACGCCCCCCAACAUUUGCUGUCAGUGUGGUUGGUCUUUCGGGGACAGAGAAAGAGAAGGGCAACUGCGGUGUUGGAAAGUCCUGCCUAUGCAAUCGGUAUGUACGUCCCGAUGCGGACAAUUACUACUCUGAGCAUACUUCGGUGCUCAGCACAAUAGACUUUGGUGGACGUGUAGUCAACAAUGACCAUUUCCUGUACUGGGGGGAUGUCUCCCAUCGAGGGGACGAAGGUUUGGACUGUAAAAUCCAAAUCAUUGAACAGACUGAGUUCAUUGAUGACCAGACAUUUCUUCCGCAUCGGAGUACAAACCUGCAGCCGUACACGAAACGAGCUGCAGCGAGUAAGCUUCAGUCAGCAGAGAAGCUUAUGUACAUCUGCACUGACCAACUGGGUUUGGAGCAGGACUUCGACCAGAAGCAGAUGCCAGAUGGGAAACUGAGCAUUGAUGCCUUUGUGCUUUGUGUUGAUGUUAGCAAGGGCUGCAAUAGGAAAUUUGACGACCAAAUGAAAUUCGUAAACAGCCUUUACUCUCAAAUUGUCAAGUCAAAGAAGCCUAUUGUUGUAGCUGCCACAAAAAGUGAUGAGUGUGUGGACCAGCAUCUGAGGGACCUGCAGGCCUUUGUCGCCAGCAAGAAGAACUUGAUGCUAAUUGAGACGUCUGCACGCUCAAACGUCAACAUAGAGCUCUGCUUCAAUGCCCUUAUCCAACAGCUGGAUAAAACGAGAGGAAAACCAAAAACUGUGCCAUACCUGGAGGCCUAUAAAAUCCAACGACACCUUGUAGCCUCGGUAACUGACAAAUAUGAGAAACUGAUGAUGCACACAGUGAGAGAUUAUCACACGACAUGGAAAACUGUGAUAAAUAAUCUAAAGGGACAACCGGACUAUGACGAGUUCAUCACUUUGGAGGGCUCGAGGAAAGCUCGCAACAUGUUCACUAAGCACAUUGCACAACUGAAGCAGGAGCACAUUAAGAGGAGGAGGGAGGAGUACCUGACCACAUUGCCAAAAACCCUUAACAAUCUUUUCAAUAAUCUGGAUGAGGUUGAACAUCUCUCUUGGUUUGAGGCACAGAGCGUAAUCCGCAACCGACCAGAUUUCCAGUACUGGUUUUUGAUACUGGAGCAAACGCCGUGGGAUGAGACGGACCACAUUGACAACAGUGAUCGCAGGAUACCCUUCGACCUCCUUGACACACCUGAAGCAGAGAGAAUUUACCAUAGCCAUGUCCAGCACCUGCUGUCUGAGAAAAGAAGGGUGGAGAUGAAAGAGAGGUUCAAGAAGACACUGGAAAGGGUUCAUUUCAUUAGUCCAGGGCAGCCCUGGGAGGAAGUCAUGUGUUUUGUCAUGGAAGACGAAGCCUACAAGUACAUCACUGAAUCAGAUAGGAGGGAUGUUUAUUGUAGACACCAGCAGGAAAUAGUUGAAAGGGCCAAAGAAGAUUUUCAGGAAAUGCUUUUUGAGCAUGCAGAGCUAUUUUACGACUUGGACUUGAACGCAACCCCCAGCUGUGACAAGAUGAGUGAAAUCCAUAAUGUGCUGAACGAGGAGCCCAGAUACAGAGCACUGCAGAAACUUGCCCCAGAUAGAGAGUCCCUUCUACUUAAACACAUUGGAUUUGUUUACCACCCCACUAAGGAGACAUGUCUGAGUGGGCAGAACUGCAUAGAUAUGAAAGUGGAGCAAGUUUUAGCAAACCGCUUGGUGCAGCUUGAUCACGGACGCUCUAAUCUCUACUAUAACAGUGCCAACAUUGAUAAGAUCAACCUCUGCCUUCUGGGAAAGGAAGGUCUGUCUCAAGAACUAGGCAAUGAGAUCCGAGCUCAGUCUACAGAUGAUGAGUACACCCUAGACGGUAAAAUUUAUGAACUGGACCUUCUCCCUGUGGACGUUAACUCCACGUUACUUUUUAGCCACACAUGGUUAGCUUCGUUCAAGCCACAUGGUUGCUUCUGUGUGUUCAACUCCAUUGAGUCACUUAACUGCAUUGGCGAUUGCAUAAGCAGGAUCAGAGCAGAGAUAGGACAGAGUCGGCGAGACAGAUUUGGUCAGCAACUUCCUUUCAUUCUCAUUCUUGCAAAUCAAAGAGACAGUGUUUGCAAAAACAUACCUAUCCUGAGACAUCAGGGUCAACAGCUGGCAAACAAGUUGCAGUGCACCUUUGUCGAUAUCCCUUCUGGGGCUUUUCCUCGUAAAUUCACAGAGUUUCAAAUUAAACAGGGGCUCCGAGCAGUACUCGAUGGGUUAAAGCAUCACUUUGAUGUUUUUGCCCCUCUUCCCUGUAUCAAAGACAUGACAGAGAUGGACCUCAGAAUAGUCAUGUGCGCCAUGUGCUGGGACCCUUUUAGCGUUGACCUCAUCCUCUCACCUUUCCUUGACUCUCACUGCUGUAGUGCAGGACAGCCGGGUCAGAGCAACACACUCAUACUGGACAAAAUUAUUGGGGACAGUCGGCGGAGGAUCCAGGUCACCGUUCUUUCUUACCACUCAGCGAUCGGUGUGCGUAAGGAUGAGUUGGUGCAUGGCUACAUUUUGGUUUACUCUGCUAAACGCAAGGCCUCAAUGGCAACCCUGCGGGCGUUCCUGGCUGAAGUCCAAGAUGUUAUCCCUGUUCAGAUGGUUGCCAUUACAGACAGCCAGGCAGACUUCUUUGAGAAUGAUGCCAUCAAGGAAUUGAUGACAGAAGGGGAACACAUCGCCACAGAGAUUGCCGCCAAAUUUACUGCUCUCUAUUCACUUUCCCAGUAUCAUCGACAGACAGAGGUUUUUACACCAUUCUUCAAUGAGGUUUUAGAGAAGAAGCCAGGCAUAGAAGGUUCUUUCCUGUUUGACUCAUCACGUGAGUGCACCACUGGAGCCAGUGAUGACACCUUCCCAACAUCUCCCCAUAGCCAUUCCCCUGCCUACAACACCUAUUACCCCGAAUCAGAUGACGAUAACGAGGCUCCCCCACCUUACAGUCCGAUUGGUGAUGAGGUUCAGCUUCUGCCUACACCCAGUGAGCGAGCCAAGUACCGGAUUGACUUGGAGGGGAAUGAGUACCCUGUCCAUAGCACGCCUGUUGGAGACCAUGAACGCAACCACAAAGUGCCUCCACCUGUUCGUCCCAAACCAAUCCAUCCCAAGCCCAAUGUCAAAAAGCUGGACCCAAACCUUCUUAAAACGAUUGAGGCUGGAAUGCGAAGCAAUCGCAGACUGCCACGUGGGCCAGUUACACACCCAGAAGACGUGGAGCCAUCAGACAACUAUGCAGACCCUGUGGACACUUUGCUGAGGUCCAGAGGUUACCACAACGACGACAUAUAUGCGGUGCCCGAUGAUGCACACAGUAGGCUCGUCAAAAUCAAAAACUCCCUCGGUGGGCUGCAUAGUCUCCACGGAGGACUUGAAGAGGAGAAUGGAUUUGAUCGGAAGUCUCAGACUGGAAGACGGCCAUCGAAAUACAAGCAUCGUUCGAAAAUCUUAUUCAGUAAAACAAAGGCCUACCAAAGACGAUUACACUCUGACAGUGAUGGUGAAGAGUCCUGCCCGGCCACACAGAAAAAGAAAAAAGGAAGAGCCCAUCGGGGUAGCGAAGAAGAUCCACUCCUCUCCCCAGCUGAACCCUGGAAAGGCGGUAUUGAUAAUCCUGCCAUCACAUCUGACCCCGAGCAAGAGGACAGGAAGAUGAAAAAGAAAAAGACACCCAAGACGCCAAAGGAACCUAAAAAGCCGAAAUCAUCUAAGCCUCCAAAACCUCUAUACCCGCCCACUCGCAGAACCUGGGAGAGCAACUACUUUGGUGUUGCCCUGCAAAGCUUAGUGACUCCGGACCGUCCCAUCCCACUCUUCAUUGAGAAA